ACGAAGUACAAGGAGAGCGGGAUGAAGAGCCUCUCGCAGAGCGUCUACAGUCAGCUGCCGCAGACCGCAGAGACGCAGCUCGCCAAAACUGUUUCCGAGCUGCAGAGCGAGAUGAAGUACAAACAGGGGAAGAAAGACGUGUCCAGCUGUCUGUACUCCACUCUGCCCGAGACUCUGGAGACGCUGCACGCCAAAGAGGCUUCGGAGCUGCAGAGCGAGCUCAAGUACAAGGCGGCGGAGAAGAAAGGUCGCGUCUCCAGCCUGUUCCACCUGCUGCCACAGACCUUAGAGACGGCCCACGCCAAAGACGUCUCCGAGCUCCUCAGCGAGGUGAAAUAUAAAGAGGACGGUAAGAAGGAGAUGAGCGUCAACCUUUACUCUGUGCUGCCCGAAACCAUCGACACACAACACGCCAGAGACGUGUCCAACCUGCAGAGCGAGGUGAAAUAUAAAGAAGGUCUGAAGCAGAAGAUUCAGAGCAGUUUGUACCAUCAGCUCCCAGAAACCACCGAGACGCAGCUCGCCAAACAGCUGACGGAGCUGCAGAGCGAGACCAAGUACAAGGAGGCGGGUAAAAAGGAGGUGAGGACGAACCUGUACUCCCUCCUGCCUCACACCAUGGAGACGCAGCACGCCAAAGAAGCUGCAGAGCUGCUCAGCGAGAUCAAAUACAAAGAAGGCGUGAGGAAGGACAUGUCCAGCUCGCUGUACGCCACCAUGCCAGACACGUCAGAGACCGUCUUCGCCAGAGAGAUGAGCGACAUGCUGAGCGAGAACAAGUACAAAGAGGACGGGAAGCGAAGCCUCCCGCAGAGUUUCUACUCUCAGCUUCCACAAACAGCUGAGACUCAGUUCGCUAAAACGGUCUCUGAGCUGCGGAGCGAGAUGAAGUACAAAGAAGCGGGGAAGAAAGGAGUGACGAGCUCUCUGUACUCGACUCUGCCGGAGACUCUGGAGACGCAGCACGCCAAAGAGGCCUCGCAGCUGCAGAGUCAGCUGAAGUACAAGCAGAGUUCGAAGAGCGACGCGUCCAGUCUGUUCCACCUGAUGCCAGAAACCAUCGACACUCAGUUUGCGCGGCAGCAGACGGAGAUGCUCAGCGAGGUCAAGUACAAAGAAGACGGUAAGAAGGAGAUGAGCAUCAGCCUGUUCUCUCUGCUGCCCGACACCAUCGACACGCAGCACGCCAAAGAGCAGAGCGACAUGCAGAGCGAGGCUAAAUACAGAGAGGCCGGUAAGAAGCAGACAUCAGCGUCUCUGUAUCACCGUCUGCCCGAAACUCUGGAGACUCAGCACGCUAAAGAGGCGUCACAGCUGCAGAGUCAGAUCUUGUAUAAAGAGGCUGUGAAGAAGGACUUGUCGUGUCCAGUUUACCACCAGCUGCCGGACACUCUGGAGAUCCAGCACGCCCGAGAGCUCACCGACAUGCAGAGCCAGAACAAGUACAAGGAGGACGGGAUGAAGAGCCUCUCUCAGAGCUUCUACUCUCAGCUGCCUCAAACCGCAGAGACUCA